AUGACAGGCAAGAAUGAGGAAUGCAGUGGCUCCUGUGAGGAUGAGGAAUGUAAUGCUUCCUGUGAGGGUGAGGAAUGUAAUGCUUCCUGUGAGGGUGAGGAAUGUAAUGCCUCCUGUGAGGGUGAGGAAUGCAGUGGCCCCUGUGAGGAUGAGGAAUGCAGUGGCCCCUGUGAGGAUGAGGAAUGCAGUGGCCCCUGUGAGGAUGAGGAAUGCAGUGGCCCCUGUGAGGAUGAGGAAUGCAGUGGUCCCUGUGAGGAUGAGGAAUGCAGUGGCUCCUGUGAGGAUGAGGAAUGCAGUGGCUCCUGUGAGGAUGAGGAAUGCAGUGGCUCCUGUGAGGAUGAGGAAUGCAGUGGCUCCUGUGAGGAUGAGGAAUGCAGUGGCUCCUGUGAGGAUGAGGAAUGGAAUGCAUAA